CCAAAACUCGGGAGCCCCCAAAGCCGGAGCUUUGAGCCCGUCCCGGAGCGCGGGAGCCCCCCCGGCCCCGUGUCCUGCAGGAGGGUCCCUCCCCCCGGAGCAAACGGGGGGAUGUGGCAGGAGUGACCCCCGUGUGCCCCCCGUGUGCCCCCCGUGUGCCCCCCGUGCCCCCACCAUGGACCCCCGGCCCGGGCAGCCCCCGGAGCCGCUGCUGACGGUCAACGAGCAGGUGAUCGUCAUGUCCGGCCACGAGACCAUCCGGGUGCUGGAGGUGGGGGUGGACACCCCCCUCCCGGCCCAGGGGGACCCCAAAACCGCCGGGGGAGGGGCGGGGGGAGCCCCCGGACAGGGGGGCCCCCCCGGGGGGGAGGAGGGUCCCCCCAGCACCCCAAACUCGGCCGGAGGGGAGGCGGCAGGUCAGCCCAAAGCGACUCCGGCGUCGCCCCCCCCGGUGCCCCCCCCGGGGCCGCCCCCCGUGCCCCAGCUGGCCCUGCAGGCCCCCCCGCAGGUGUUGGCUCAGGAAAGCUUAGCCACAGGUGUGACAGGAGUAAUGGUUCCGGCAGGGACAGUUACUCAACCUCUUCUUAUCCCCAUCAGUGUUGCAGGUCAGGUGGCGGGGCCGGUGCCAGCCCAGCCCGCGCUCGUGGUGACAAUCCCCACAGCAACGCUGGCCGCGCUGCCGGGACUCAUCAAACCGCCCGUCGCCAACCUGGCAGGUAACCCCGGCCCGGGGAGGGGCGGCAGGAGCAGCUUUGGGGCACAUCUGGGGCUCCAGGCGCAGGAUCUGGGGCAGAUCUGGGGCUCGAGAUUUGGGGCUCCAGGGCUGGCAGAAGGUGCACAUUUGGGGCUCCAGGUGCGGUACCUGGUGCAGAUUUGGGGCUGGAGAUUUAGUGUCUGGUGCAGAUUUGGGGCUCCAGAUGUGAUACCUGGUGCAGAUUUGGGGCUCCAGAUUCCAGCCCCAGUUUCCCUGGAUCAGAUUCCAGCCUCAGUUUCCCUGGACACAAUCACUGCCCAGUUUCCCUGGAUCAGAUCCCAGCCUCACUUUCCCCGGACACAAUCCCUGCCCAGUUUCCCUGGAUCAGAUCCCAGCCCCCCUUUCCCUGCACACAAUCCCUGCCCAGUUUCCCUGGAUCAGAUCCCAGCCUCAGUUUCCCUGGAUCAGAUCCCAGCCUCAGUUUCCCUGGAUCAGAUCCCAGCCUCAGUUUCCCUGGAUCAGAUUCCAGCCCCCCUUUCCCCGGACACAAUCCCUGCCCAGUUUCCCAAUCCCCCCCCCUCACCUGCAGCUCCACUUUGGGCAGAUUCCAGGGCUGGAUUUGGGAAUUUGAGGACCCCUGGGGGACUCCUGGGGCAGGGGGGAGGGUGUGACCAUCCAGGGGGUCCCAGUCCCCCAUCCGGGGGGUCCCAGUGCCCCUUUUAUCCCAUCCAGGGGGGGCCCAGUGGCCCUUAUGUCCCACCCGGGGGGUCCCAGUGCCCCCAGUUGCCCCCCAGCCCUGACCCCCCCGUUUCCCCCCUGCAGCUCCCGCCAGCUCUGGGGUCACACCCGCAGCUUUUGGGGUCCCUCAGUGCCCCCCCCGUGCCCACCAACCCCCUCCCCAGCGUCCGGGGCGUCCCGGGGCAGCUCCCGACCCCCGCCCAGGGCCAGGUGAUCGGGACUCUGCCGUGGGUCGUGGCCCCCCCCGGGGUGGCCGCGGCCCCCCCCGCGCCGCCCCCCCCGAGCCUGCAGGUGACUCCGGUGACGCCGCAGCUGCUGCUGAACGCGCAGGGCCAGGUGAUCGCCACGCUCGCCACCGGAGUGGCCACCGCGGCCACCGCGGCCACCGUCAGCGCCGCCCCCGCCGCGCCCACCCCCGGCAAGAAGAGCGGCCCCCCCGAGACCCCCGUCAAGAGCGAGGUCCAGCCCAUCCAACCCGCCCCCGCCGGGGGCACCCCCAGCCCGGGGGCCAAGGUGGCCCCGACCCCCACGGCCGGCCCCGAGACCCCCACGGUCAGCCAGCUGGUGGCCAAGCCCCCCGCGCCCCCCGGGGCGGAGGAGGACGGGAUCAACCUGGAGGAAAUCCGGGAAUUCGCCAAGAACUUCAAACUGCGGCGGCUCUCGCUGGGCCUGACCCAGACACAGGUGGGGCAGGCGCUGACGGCCACCGAGGGGCCCGCCUACAGCCAGUCGGCCAUCUGCAGGUUCGAGAAGUUGGACAUCACGCCCAAGAGCGCGCAGAAGCUGAAGCCGGUGCUGGAGAAGUGGCUGCGGGAGGCGGAGCAGCGGCAGCGGGAGGGGCAGCAGCACCUCCUCGACUUCGUGGGGGGAGAGCCGGGCAAGAAGCGCAAACGCCGCACGUCCUUCACCCCCCAGGCCCUGGAGGCGCUCAACGCGCACUUCGAGCGCAACGCGCUGCCCACGGGGCCCGAGAUCACGCGGAUCGCGCAGGAGCUGCGCUACGACCGCGAGGUCGUGCGGGUCUGGUUCUGCAACCGCCGCCAGACCCUCAAGAACACCAGCAAGCUCAACGUCUUCCACGUGCCCUGAGCGGGGGCCACGGGAACCCCCCCGGGGGUACCCCCAUCCCCCGGGGGUACCCUCAUCCCCCGGUGUGACCCCCCCGGCUCCUGCCGGCAGCACUUUGGCCACGGGGUUUGUCCCUCUGUCACCCGUGUCCGUCCCCACCGUGUCCAUCCCCACCCAGCAUCUCCCACGUGUCCUGAACUGGGAGCACUGGGAACCCCUCCAUGUCCCUCGUUAGCCCCAGCAGCACUUUGGGGGACAAACCGCUGGGUUUGUCCCUCUGUCACCCGUGUCCAUCCCCACCGUGUCCAUCCCCACCCAGCAUCUCCCACGUGCCCUGAACUGGGAGCACUGGGAGCCCCCCCCCGUUCCCCAUUAGCCCCGGCAGCACUUUGGGGGACAAACCACUGGGUUUGUCCCUCUGUCACCUGUGCCCACCUGUGCCCACUUGUGCCCACUUGUGCCCACCUGUGUCCAGUCCCACCUGUGCCCACUUGUGUCUGUCCCUGACCUGUGUCUGUCCCUGACCUGUGUCUGUCCCUCACCCGUGUCUGUCCCUCACCUGUGUCUGUC